GGCGUACAUGAGCGUGAAGGAGCUGAAGGAGGCACUGCAGUUGAACAGCACCCACUUCCUCAAUGUUUACUUUGCCAGUUCGGUGAGGGAAGAGUUGGCUGGUGCUGCCACUUGGCCAUGGGAUAAAGAGGCCCUUAGUCACCUGGGUGGAGUUGUCCUCAACCCUGCUUAUUACGGUAUGCACGGCCACACGAACACCAUGAUCCAUGAAGUGGGACAUGUCCUGGGGCUGUACCAUGUCUUUAAGGGAGUGAGCGAGCGGGAAUCUUGUGACGAUCCCUGCAGGGAGACAACUCCGUCUAUGGAGACGGGAGACCUCUGUGCCGACACUGCCCCCACCCCAAAGAGUAAACUCUGUCGGGAUCCAGACCCUACCAAUGACACCUGCGGCCAGACACAUUUCACAGGGACGCCCUUCAACAACUACAUGAGUUACACAGAUGAUGACUGCACCAACACCUUCACCCCCAACCAAGUGGCCCGGAUGCACUGCUACCUGGACCUGGUGUACCAGCGCUGGGGCCAGAGCAAGAAGCCCGCACCCAUCCCGAUUCCUCCCAUGGUCACGGGGCAGACACAGGACUCCCUCAGCAUCUACUGGUUGCCUCCCAUCAGCGGUGUCAUCCACGAGAGGGAGGAGGAUACGCUCUGCGAUGACUGUGCAGAGGACGGCACCUUCCGUCAGUAUGUGCACGAGGCCUCUUCCCCUCGGGUCUGCGAUUCCUCUGGUUACUGGACCCCAGAAGAAGCAGAAGGGCCCCCAGACGUGGAUCAGCCCUGUGAGCCCAGCCUGCAAGCCUGGAGUCCGGAGCUCCACCUGUACCACAUGAACAUGACGGUGCCGUGCCCCCAGCCGGACGGCUGCAUCCUGGAGCUGCGCUUCCUGCACCCCGUCUACCCUGAUUCCCUCACCCUCUGGACCACCUAUCUCUCCACGGGCUCUCCCAAGGCCCUGUCUGACAUCGAAGUCCUGACAGAGCAGGGGGAGUCCAUCCAUCUGGGCCCCCUGGACACCUUCUGUGAUGUCCCCUUUACUGUGAAGCUCAACAUCCCCAAAAAGGUGUUCGGAGUCAAAAUCUACACCUUUGAUGAGAGGAUGGAGAUAGACACAGCCCUGCUGACCUCCAUGCCCCACAGCUCUCUCUGCUCUGCCUGCAAGCUGAUCCAGUACCGAGUCCUCCGCGACCCCCCGUUUGCAAACGGGUCCCCCGCCGCCCCGGCACAGGCGCACCGCCAGUUCAUUGACACGGAAGUCACGCCUGGGCAGGUGUACCGCUACCAGGUGCAGGCAGUCUCUGGGACAACCUCAGGAGAAGCCUCCCCACCGCUGGUCCAUAUCCACGGAGCACCCUACUGUGGGGAUGGGAAGGUGACCAUGAGCCUGGAGGAGGAAUGUGAUGAUGGGGACUUGCUGGAUGGAGAUGGCUGUUCCAGGAAGUGUAAAAAGGAAAAAGGCUUCAACUGUGUCGGGGAACCAAGCCUGUGCUAUGUGCACGAUGGGGACGGUGUGUGUGAGCCGUUCGAGAAGACAAGCAGUGUCCUGGACUGUUACACGCCCGACGGAUACGUGGAUCUGUGGGCAGCGAAAGCCUACGCCUCCCAUCAGGACGCAAAGUCCUGCCCUGCUUCCUUGGUCACUGGAGAGCCUGUUGUGAAGGUGUGCUUUGAGAGACCCGCGGUGCCCACUUCCCUCCUGGUCUUCCUGGCCUCUGACGGCACCGUUCCAAGCAAGCAGCGCAAGCCGAGGGUGACCGUCCAGCUGAGCGAUGUAGAUGGGCUGAACCACUCUUUGGGGAUGUACGAGCUGUCAUGCCAGCACAACCCGCUUGUCAUCAACGUGACCCAUGGCCAGGAGAACCCAUCCCACCGGGCUGCUUCGGUGCUGCUCAACUUCUCCUCCCCAUUCGUGGGCAUCGCAGCCGUGGCCUUGCGGACAUCAGCUCAGCCUGGCUCUGACCCCACCACCUGCCUUCUACAACAUGAGGAGGGACAUGGCCACCAGCGCUACAGCUGCGUCCACGGUGCCUGUGCAGGAUCAGGAAGCUGCACGCGGCCGCUUCUUGCUCACGUUGCCACCCUCAACUGCACCUCCAACAGCCCAAGGCACAUGGCGUGCACCGUCACCUGCGAAAAGGGCUUCGUCCUCCGCUCCGGCCAUGGGAAGAGCCUGGGUUCCAUGCAGCAGGAGGUGGUGCUGACAUGCAGCUCAGGGCGGUGGGACAGAUCUGUGACUUGUGACCCUGUCGACUGCGGUGUCCCUGACCAGUCCCACGUGUACUACGCAGAGUUCUCCUGCCCCAAGGGGACCACCUACCUGCAGAGAUGUUCCUUCUCCUGCAUCCACCCAGCCAAGCUUCAAGGAACAAACCAGUGGCUGACCUGCCUGGAGGACGGUCUCUGGUCGCUCCCCGAAGCCUACUGCAAGCUGGAGUGUGACGCGCCUCCCGCGGUGGCCAACGCCAAGCUCCUGGUCCCGCGGUGCCUGCAGGGGAACCACGACGUGGGCUCGAUCUGUCGCUACAAGUGCAAGCCUGGAUACCACGUGGCCGAGAACGCAGCGGGCAAGCCUAAGAAGAAGUUCCUGAAGGUCCAGUGCCUGGAGAGCGGGCAGUGGGAAGACGGGCGCUGCGUCCCCGUGGUGUGCGAGCCACCCCCUCCCGUCUUCGAGGGCAUGUACAACUGCACCCAGGGCUUCGAGCUGGACAGCCAGUGCGUCCUCAACUGCGAGCCCCAGGGACAACAGGUUCCCAUCGUCUGCACCAAGGAGGGCUUAUGGACAGAGGAGUUCAAACUGUGCGAGAGCUUACGGGGCACCUGCCCGCCGCCCCCGGAGCUGAAUUUCGUGGAGUACAAGUGCGAGCAGGGGCACGGCAUAGGUGCUGUGUGCAUACCUUCGUGUAUCAUACCUCCCAGCGACCCCGUCAUACUGCCCGAAAACGUAACUGCUGAGACUAUGGAUCACCGUCUGCAGCCCACCAGAGUCCAGCACAUUGUGUGCACGGGCAGGCUGCGGUGGUAUCCAGACCCCUCCGUCAUUCACUGCAUCCAGUCGUGCGAGCCCUUCCAAGCAGACGGCUGGUGCGACACCAUCAACAACCGGGCGUACUGCCAGUAUGACGGGGGUGACUGCUGCUCCUCCACACUGUCCUCCAGGAAGGUGAUCCCGUUUGCUGCUGACUGUGACCAGGACGAAUGCACGUGCCGCGACCCGGCGGCCGAGGAGAACCAGUAG